AACCAGUUCAUGACGCCUUUACGGUAUCUAUGGAGCAGAUGACAACCGUUUUUGCUCUUUAUUGAUUUAGCGAGUCAAAAACGCAUAAAACUAACAAAAGAAAUCUAGAAGCCCGUUUUGUUGAUUGAUGCUUGUUCUCCGACGUCUUCGGGAAGCUUUAGAGUGAUAUUUUUUAUCGCCCAGCUAGGCUAACUUUAUCAACGACAGGGAGCUUUUUACGUUAGCGUUAGCUGGUUAGCUCGCUUAUCCACCACACGAAGAGCUAUUUUAAUUUGGAAUACAUUUCUAAAGGCCCACUAUGAGCGAACAACUGAAAUUCAUCGUUGAACAACUGAACAAGGAGCCCUUCAGGAAAAACUUUAACCUCAUCACGUUUGAUUCUCUAGAGCCUAUGCAGCUACUGCAGAUUUUGAACGACGUUCUGGCUGAAAUAGACCCAAAGCAAUCCAUAGAUAUCCGAGAAGAAAUGCCUGAACAAACUGUGAAGAGAAUGUCCUCCCUGUUGGGGAUGCUGAAAUACAAACCUCCUGGGACCCUCUCUGAUGUGAGCAGCUUCAGACAGGGUCUGGUGACUGGCAGCAAACCUGUAGUUCAUCCAAUCCUCCACUGGUUACUGCAGAGAGUUGCUGAACUAAAGAAGAGGGCUUACCUGGCCCGUUUUCUGGUGAAGCUGGAGGUACCCACUGAGUUUUUGCUGGAUGAUGUCAUCAACGACACCUAUCAUCAGUAUGAAGAGCUGGUGGAAGGGUUUAAGACGUACCAUAAGGAGUGUGAGCAUCUGAGGAAUUCCGGGUUCUCCACAGCGGAAAUCAGAAGGGACAUUAAUGCCAUGGAAGAAGAAAAAGAUCAACUCAUUAAACGUGUGGAGAGGUUGAAGAAGAGGGUGGAGUCAGUAUCCAACCAUCAGCGCAUGUUGGAGCAGGCCAGGCAGCUCCGAGUGGAGAAGGAGAGAGAGGAGUCACUGACUCAUCAGAAGCAGGAGCAGAAGAACCAGCUAUUUCAGGCAGAGCAGAGACUUCUGAGGUUGCAGCAACAGUUGAAGGAUUUGCGACAAGCAGCCGCAGAUGCCACCCCAGACAGCUUGAUGAGACGACUUGAAGAAGAAAUAAAGAUCAACACCUACAUGGUCACUGAAAAACUCCCCAAAGAGCUGGAGGGCAUGAGGCGCACAGUUCAGUGCAUGCAAAAAGUAGUGUCAGAGCCUGCAAUGGGCCAAGGUGAUCUCCAGGGGAUGGAGGACAAGAUUAAAGCAGUCGACUCUCAGAUAAACCAGCUUAUUGAGAAGAGGAUGAUGAGAAAUGACCCCAUAGAUGACAAACUGACUCUUUACAGGCAGCAGGCCUCUAUUAUCAUUCGAAAGAAGGAGACAAAGGCAGAGGAGCUUCAGGAAGCAAGGGAGGAACUGGCCGCUGCAGAGAGGGAGCUGAAGCAGAGGGGCAGCCAUGGACAAGGCCCACAUGGGGAAGAAGUCAUCCGUGGUGACGAGUUGAAACGCUUAGUGGCGAAAUUGCGCAGCAAAGGAACUAUCUACAAGAAGAAGAGGCAGGGAAUUGCUGAGCUGAGAGCAGAAUAUGGAGUCCUCCAACGGACUGAGGAGAUUCUCAAACAGAGACAUGACACCAUCCAGCAGAAACUGCAAACCGUGGAAGCUGAGAAGGGCAUCUCUGGAUACAGUGACACCCAAGAGGAGCUGGAGAGAGUGUCGGCCAUCAAGAGCGAGUUAGAUGAGAAGAAGGGUCGCACUCUGGAUGACAUGUCUGAAAUGGUGAAGAAGUUGAACUCAAUGAUCGUUGAGAAGAAAUCAGCUCUUGCACCAAUUAUUAAAGAGCUGAGGUCCCUGAGACAACGGCGAGUCGAGCUAAGUCAAGAUUAUGAGGAGAAGAAGGCUCAGUAUGAAAGUUGUGCGGCUGGUUUGGAGAGUAACAGAUCAAAACUGGAACAGGAGGUGAAAGCACUGAGAGAGGAGAUGGCCCAGAAGGAAAACCGAUACCAUUAUAUCAACGCCAUGUCAGAGAUCAUUGAGAUGCAAAUUCAACGGGCAGCUGAAGAGAUGAAGGCCUACGUGUCCUCUGAUCUACAGGAGAAGAAGAAGGCCAUCAGGGAUGUCUACAUGAAGAAUAUUGCAGAACAGGAAUUACUUGGAAAGAAGUUACGUGAGGAGCAGAAGAUUGUGAGGGAAAGCCACAGCGUCAACAUGGAGCAGAUGAAGAUGUGGCGUGACCUGGAGCAGCUGAUGGAGUGCAAGAGGCAGUGCUUUAUAAAAGCACAGAACCAGGUUUCUAUCGGUCAGAUCAUUCAGGAAGGAGGGGAGGACAGGCUGGUGCUCUGAAGACACGAUGAACUGCUGGUCCUAUUUUCUCCAUCCACCAGACUAAAUGAAACUUAAUAUUCUAUGUCCAAAACAUCUGAUUGUUCCUGGAAACUGUUGCAUUAUAGGAUUUCUGUCAUUGUUCACUGGGUUAAUUUUCCCUCUCUUAAGUGUUUUGGACCAGGGAUGUUAAGGCUCACUGGAUCGUUUAUCUUCUUUGCAAACCAGAUCUCUAACCUCUGAUGAUGACCGUGACUUAAAGGACACAUGUCUGUGGACAUGCUGCAAGUCAAGGGGUUUCACUUUUGUCAGCCUGUGGGACAAUCCUUUUAACACGUCUUUAAGGAUACUCUUUCUGUCAAAGUGUCCAAACAUAUCAGCAUACAAAGUGGUACACUUGGGUUGUGACACCGGUCAACUAUUUUUGGCAGCACAAAGCAUGACCAUGUGCAGGGAUUGGGAGUCCAGUUUUGGAUCUCACUGGGACCACCAGGACUUUGGAUAUUGGGGAUAAAAGAUUCCUGUAUUUCUACUUGUUAAUUAUCAUAACUGACACUCAAAUAUUGAUGUGCAGUUUCUAAUUGUGUUUUGUAUUAAUUUUGUUUUAUUGCAUUAAAGUUUCAGUUCUGAAAAA